CGGACAAAACGUUGUCGAAGACCUUUCGUUGGGAAAUUGACAAAUUCUCGAGCUUGGCACAAGAUAAAAUGUUCAGCAAGCCCGCCUUCCUGGCUGGGGGGUACAACUGGCGUGUGCUGUUGUUCCCACGCGGGAAUACGAAGUCAGGGCAACUGUCUCUGUACCUUGACGUGGCAGACGCUGCCAGUCUGCCGUCAGGGUGGAACAAGAGCGCGCACUUUGUCCUGUGUGUGAUCAACCAUUAUGACAGGAAGAUGUCAGUUCGCAGAGAUACAAGCCACCAGUUCAAUGAGAAGGAGAGCGAUUGGGGAUUCACAUCCUUCAUGUCGCUGCAGGACCUUAACGAUCCCUCUAAAGGCUACCUCAUUAACGACACACUCGUUGUCGAGGUAGAGGUGAAUGUGCUUGCCGAUCCGUACGACUCAAGGAAAGAGACAGGAUUCGUGGGUCUCAAGAACCAGGGGGCUACGUGUUACCUGAAUGCGGUGCUGCAAAUGCUGUACCACAUCCCGUUCUUCCAGGCAGCUGUCUACCGCAUACCGACAUCGGAGGACGAUCCCCCAUCCAGCAGCAUUCCCCUGGCACUUCAGAGCAUCUUUUACAAGCUCCAGCACGCGGAUUCCAGUGUUUCAACCAAGCACUUGACUCGGAGCUUUGGGUGGGACACGUAUGACUCGUUCCUGAAGCACGAUGCGCACGAGUUGAACCGUGUGCUGUGUGCGAAAGUGGAGGAUAAGAUGGAAGGUAUGGCUGUGGCAGACACUGUGAAGAAGCUUUUUGGUGGCCAUGCUAUGAGCCUUAUCGACUGUACCCACAUGGAUUGCAUGUCCGCUCGAAAGGAACCGUUUUUGGAUGUGCAGCUGGACGUGAAGGGGUGCCGGGAUGUGUAUGCGAGUUUGGAUAAAUAUGUGGAGGUGGAGGAACUAGGAGGUGACAACAAGUUCUAUGCAGAACAGCAUGGAUUCCAGGAUGCCAGGAUGCGGGUGCUGUUUGUUGACCUCCCUCCGGUGCUACAGCUGCACAUGAAGCGGUUCGAGUAUGAUGCCACCACCGAUGCUGUGGUCAAGCUCAACGACCGCUUCGAGUUCCCUCAAGAGCUGGACAUGGACACGGGCAACCACAAGUACCUCAGCCCGCUCUCAGACACAAGUGUGCGCAACCUCUACCUGCUGCACAGGUGGAACGGUGUGGGGGGGAAGAGGAGUUCCAAGGAGGACACAUACGACGAUGUGGUGCGUGAGCUGGCAGAGAAGCUUGAGCUACCCGACCCUUCCAAGAUCCGCCUCACUAGGCACAACUGCUACUUGCAGCAGCCGAGGCAGUCUCCUGUCAAGUUCCGCAGUGUCAACUGCCUCGAAGAGUUGCUCGCCCACCACGACCAGAUGGCCGAUAUUCUGUACUACGAGACACUAGACAUUCCGCUGCCCAAGCUGGAGCGGCUGAAGUCUCUCGGCAUCGCUUUUUCCAACAAGAGCACAAGCACCACCUGCUUCCCGCUGCCCGACACGCGCACGCUCACCGCGCGCCCCGCAUCCACGACGCCCGCGGCGGGAUUCAGCACCCACGUCGCGCCCCAUCCGUUGUUCGUCAUGCUCUUCCAGUCGCUGCCGUCCUUCGAUAUCUCCACCUUCUCCACUCGCCCGCGCCUCGCUGCUCCGAAAAUCUGA